CACCACAGAAAUAUGGUUGUUGCAGCUUUCCCGUGUACAAAUUGAUCAAUGUAGUUCUAUUGCUGAUUUAUUCCAUAAGGUCUUUCCAUAAUGUGGCUAAAAUAUUAUUUGGAAUUUCGCUGAUCUGUUUAGACCAAUGAAAUUGUUCAUUAAUCCCGCGGGACAAGGCUAUAAAUAGCUUCUCGGUCUUUCCUCGGGGCCGAGUUUACUGCGUCUCCAGUAUAUCCACCCCAACGACCUUGAAAGGGUGACUGGCAGAAUCGCUGGGACACGAACACUUUGAAGAUGAUGAUAAUCAAAUGCGGUUGAUCUAGACCGUCUGAAAGCGAUCAUAAGUCAACUGAACAACUCGUCAAGCUAUCGAAAGUCAACCCAAGAGAAGACGCGCCACCCGGAGACUUGCAACGCCUUCAGCAACAGCAGGUACCUCCUUCGCGGUGAUUGUUUCGCCCAGAAUUGCAGAAGAACCAUGCAGACGGAGUCGGUUCCAUACCAGCCAGGCAUGACCCUGGGCCGAGAAUAUGACCUGAAGACCUACAGUUCCGGCCUGGACCUAUUCACAGACGAAUCGAUGUCCAAAGUGGAAAAAAUAGAUCGUCACCGGAAUAUAGCACACUAUUCUGUAAUCCAAAAAGCACAAGACGUGAAAGAUAUGCUUAACGUAUCCGGGGAACUCUCACUGAAGGUCAAGGCCAACUUGGUCAAGGUUGAAGGAGCAGGGUCAUAUCUGAAGGAGUGCCGUAAUGAUGACAACACGCUGGAAAUCAUUGCUGUGUCCAACGUUGAAACGGGAACAGAAACCAUGAAAGAAACGAAGUUGAAGUCGGGUAUAAAGAAAAAACUUAAAGGGAGCCAUUUUGUCCGGAGCAUCACAUACGGAGGUGAAUUGCUUGUUCGAAUACGGAUAAAGAAUUCAGACAAAAAACAAUUAAACGAUAUCCAUGCUGAUUUGAAAGGCAAACUAUCAUUCAAGGGCGUGGUCGAUGCCGGAGCCAAAGCAAAGUUCAAGCAACUGGAAAACGACUUAAGCAGCAGCUCCGAGAUCAACAUCGACUACUUUUCUACAACACCGACUAGCUACAUGCCACGAGAUGUUGAUGGGAUGCUUCAAGUGCUGGAUGACUUCAAACGUGAAGUAAUGAAGCAAAAUGAUGGGAAAGGAUGCCCAUGCAGAUGUGAGCUUGUACCUUUGAAAUCCCUUUCAUCCAACCUCCCAGACAUGUUGAAGGACAAGGGCUUAGAGGUUCUUCUUGAACAACUCGAGGCAAAUUUUGAUGACCUCCUCGCGGCAAGGGAUAUGUUGGAUUCAUUUCUGGGAGACGUUGAUGUUGAACUGACAGAAAGUCAAGAGGAAGAGGCUCGUGCCAUUGAACAGCGUCUCGCGAAAUUGCUACGGGUCUACCUGAAGGUAGUAGCAGAGCUGGACCUGACAAAGAAGAAGAGGAGACAGUCUGAACCAAUUGAUAUGGCCUUCAAAGACUACGACUCCGAGAAGAAAUUGGGUGGUUUCAGAAAGGAAGUCUCAAAGUUUAUAUCUAAAUUGAAGUCACCCAAGGAGAGCGUUACACCCGUGGCAGACCUACCCCCAGGGGAACCUUUGGAUAUAAUUCUGAUGGGUAAGACGAAUCGUGGUGCCAGCACAACGGGAAACACAAUUUUUGGAGAGAAAAAGUUUUCGAGCCAAAUAAGAACAGCUACAAUGCUCGUUCAGAAUCUGAAGAUCAGCGAUGCAGUUGGGGGACGGGAUCUUAAUGUGCUUGAUCUUGAUGGCGCGGUUGAUCAGGCUCUGACCCAGGAUGUGAUGGUCAUGCUUCAUCAAUCUCGUGUGUGGUUCCGUCACGGCGUUCAUGUGGUUCUACUGAUCCUGUCCGCCACCGAGCGUCUGAGCAAGGAAGAGAUCUCUGCAGUGGAGUCUCUCCGUCAGGCGGAUCAGGACAUCCUGAAGAAGCACGUCAUCUGCGUCUUUACUCGCGGGGACUCAUUUCACCGUCAGAUGGAGCUGGAUGGAAAAUCGCUUACAUUUAAUCAGCAUAUAGAGUCGGCCAGCGGUCCAAUGCGAAUGUUACUGCAGGAUUGUCAAAAUCGUUACGUCUUAUUCAACAACACUGAAGCAGAUCUUGGGAAGAAAAGAGAAAUGGUCAUUGAUCUUGUUAAACUGAUUGACAGCCUAAUGAGAGAGAAUGGGGGAGAGAAAUUGUCCCUAGGCCCUUGAAAACUUAUCCGAUGACAAUGACUCUUGAAUUGCUACCUUUAAGUUUGAGGCUUAGUGGUUCGGAGAUUCACCUUUGGUUUGAAAAUUGGAGAGUGCACCCCUCCUGGUGCAUGCAAUUUUCUAUAGGAAAUGGGAGAAAAGUUUCGACGUUGCCAAUAGCUAGGAGCAGUUAUAGCUAGCUCAUUGCUGGUCAUAAACAGCAAAUCAGGAUACCGUGUUUCCUGUAUGACACCGGACCUCUUAUAAUCAUCGAGUCUGGACUGAGCAAUUUAAUUGAAGGUUAAUGUCGUGCCUUCAAUACGAUCCAGGUACGUCAGCAUUCACUGACCUUUUGUGUGAUAUAUCAACCCGCCUCCGUGUUGUGGUUUGAGCGUCUGUAGGGGCAGUUGAAGGUCGGUGGUUCGAUCCCCUGGCCGCGCCGUACCAUAAGAUAUGCCUUGUGCUCGGUAUUUAGGUGAUAAACACGGGCUGGUCGGCUUGGAGUCUGUGUCUGAGGGGGGUAUUCAUGUAACACUGUAGCACUAUAAAACCGACAUACGUCCGGACACGUACAGUAAGCUACUUUCACUUCACAUAUAAUGUAUCAGUGCAUAGUUGCACUGUAUGUAGUACGGUAAUCUUGAAAGUAAAUAAUCUCAGCGUCUCUAUGUACCAGUUACCACAGAGCCUCUAUAUAUCGCCAGCUCAGUGUCCAUUUUCACAGCUCUAUUUACCACCGGGCCUGUAUUUACUGUCUGUUGUGCGUUGGGGAAGCUGGGUGAAAUAUUUGGAAAUACGGUACUGGGCCGCGAUCCACAUAGCGAUCGAAGCGUUAAGACGAUCGUAACUCCCACACUUUGUACUGAUGUAGCAUGGUAAUCUUGAUAUUAUACAACCGCCUCUAUUUAUCGUUAGGU